AUGGCAGGAGAUAAUGGCACUUUUGAAGGCACUUCGAGCGUUUCUGGGAGCCCUGCGGCCCGAUCGGUAUUGCAAUCGCCAUCGAGGGCACACAUAACUAGGAGUCCAGCAAUAUCACCAGCCAAAUUGGCACCCAAUCACGCCAUUUUCAUGGCCAACAUUGAUAGCUCACCGACAAAGAGAAAGGAGGAGUUGUGUAACGGCAAUAGUUCGUCAUCCACGAAAGUAAUAGAAAAUUUACACGAACAGAUUGAUACCCUAACCAACACGAAUCUUCAGCUCACAGUGCAAUCGCAUAGUUUGCUGGACAAGCUCGAGACAGCACAGCAGAGGGAAUCAAAAUUGCUCGAGAAUACAGCAUCACUAAAGCAUGAAAACGAAAAUAUUGCCUCCAUGCUCAACAGGAAGUCCAGAAAGUUGAGAGAUGUGGAAGAUGACUAUGAAAAAUUGAAGAAGAUUUAUGAUGAGCUCUCAUGCGAGAAGUCUGAACUGGAAAAGAAGUUUCAAAGCACAUCAGAUAAGGAAAAAUCUCUUGAACAGCAGGUAGAAAUGGUUCGAGUGCAAUACGACGCCUUGGUGGAUUCACAGGAUUACUAUAAGGAACAUUAUAGUUCUGAAGUUAGAAAACUCAAGGAACAAUUAGGGUCAUUGAAGAAAGAGCAGCAUUCCCAACUAGAGCGCCAUAGUGCAGAUAUGGAUCUUUUAAGUGAAAAGUUGUCAGAGUUCGAUGUCAAAUCAGAUAACAUCCAACAACUGGAAAAGGACCGUUUGACGCAUUUGGAAGGUAAAUGUGAUGAUAUGGUCAAUCAAUUAGAUUUAAACGCUUGGGUGAACCUAUACAAGGAAAGCGCCAGAACGCUCUUGGAUUAUGCUGAAAAGAUGAAUAUCACUCUUCCACAACAGUUCCACCAGCUCACACAGGAUCCAGACUUAGCUGCUUUAGAUGCUGAGACUAAUCAAUCGACUUUGUCACCUAUGAUACCAUUAAAGAUAUCCAAGGUAAGAAGUAACAGAGCUGCGACUUCACCAAACUCAAAUACCCUCUCCACCUCUACGCAUGCUAAAAGAAGCAGCUUCUACGGCUCGGCAACACAAUUUCCGACAUCUGCAUCUGGGGCACUGCCAGGUGUCAAGAGGUCUUCAUCAAGGCGUACAAAUAGCGGCAAGUCUGAUAAAACUAAUUCUUCAGCAGAUUCAUCACCCGUCUUACGCCAAGUCGCACGAAAUGCAUCCUCACCCUCCCCUAGGAUGGGUUCAGCAUCUUCAUUUCGAAGGAACUAG